AUGUCAAACAUCAAGGAUUUGCCAAAUCAUGAAUCCUCAAACCACGAGAGGUGUUCCAGCGAAGAACCCUCGGAGAAGAUGCCUCUCAAGAGAGACCUCGAAGACAGACUCGGCAAUUCUCACGUCAACCUCCUUCCCAGAAAGAAACUUGUGAUUUGCCUACUAGUGAACGCUUUCUGCUUGUUUGUGUGCUUUUUGGACCAGACCUCCCCCACGGUGGCUCUUCCAGCGAUCGCCAGUGACUUAGGAGCUGAAAAUUCCAUCAACUGGGCUGGUACCUCGUCGCUUUUGGCCAACUGUGUUUGCCAGGUGUUAUUCGGCCGUUUUGCCGACAUCUUCGGCAGAAAAAACAUGCUCAUGGGCUCCCUCGGGAUGCUUCUUGUGGCCAAUAUGCUCUGUGGAUUUGCACAAACGGGACCCCAGUACUACGUAUUUCGUGCUUUUGCAGGUAUUGGCGUUGGCGGAACGCAGUCCAUGGGAAUGGUGAUUUUGAGUGACGUGGUGACGCUCAAACAGAGGGGCAAGUUUCAAGGAAUCAUGGGAAGUGCUGUGGGUAUUGGAAACGCCGUGGGUCCUAUCAUCAUGGCGCUUUAUGUGGAGCACUCCACCUGGAGAAACUUCUACAGAACGCUUCCCCCAAUCAUGUUUGUUGUGCUUGUCAUUGUGUACUUUGUCACCGAGGACAACAGAAAGGGUCAGCUGGUGCUCUCCAUGAGAGAGAAGUGGAAGAAAAUCGACUAUAUUGGGAUUUUUUUUGCAACCGCCGGCUUGACGCUUCUUUUGAUCCCCAUCAGCGGAGGAGGCUCCACAUACGCCUGGGAUAGCGACUUGGUGAUUGCCAUGUUCGUCGUUGGCGGAGUGUGCUGCAUUGUGUUCCUCAUCGUGGAGUGGAAGGUGCCCGAAUUGCCCAUGAUCCCGGUGUACAUCUUCAAAAACUGGUCCUUGAGCGUCUUGCUCUUGUCCACCUUCUUGUACGGCAUUGCGUACUUUGGCUUCUUGUUCAUCGUCUCCUACUACUUCCAGUUGGUCAUGGGCCAGGACGCCUUGCACUCGGCCUACUACUUGCUUCCCUUGGUGCUCAUGCAAGCCAUCAUGUCCAUCACCGCUGGAACCAUCAUAUCCUAUUCUGGCCACUGGAUCCACGUUUUGAUUGGCGGAUACCUGUUCUGGCUUACAGGAGCCGGCAUGACGAUAGCAUGGAAGGAAAACACAGGCAGCGGCAUGAUUAUCGGCUCUCUUUUAGUCAUGGGCGUCGGUGUGGGUUUCAUUUUCCAGCCCACCAUGGUUGCAGUCCAGGCCAAUGCCACUAUGGCGCAAAGAGCCGUUGUUAUCGGCACCAGAAACGUCUUGAGAGCUUUUGGAGGUGCUUUGGGCGUUGCCUGUGCCACCUUGAUCAUCUCCAAUUCGUUGAUCAACGAAAUUAACCUGGAGCUCGGCAGUCUGAAUGUGCCUAGUCUGUUUUUGAUCAACUUGAAGGCGAACAUUUACACCAAGGCCGAUCUUAGCGGGCUCACGGAAGCUCAGAAGGACACCGUCAGGAGCAUGUACAUGACGUCGAUCAGAAACGUUUUUUACUUCACGAUUCCCUUGCUUGCCAUUUGUCUCAUUCUACUGUGUUUGGUCAAGGACAGAGGCCUCCAGUGUCUUGACCAGCAGCCGGAAAAGAAGAAGGACAAGGAAGCCGAGUCGGUCACCGAAAAGAAGGAGUAA